CAUUUCUUGUUGCAGUUCAGAAGGGCAUCUCCUCUGCAGUGUGCGCAGCGCCGCGAAAUCCUUAAUUUUCGAUCCCAAAUAUGGACUAGGAAUGUCUAGGAUGACGUCCUGUGUCCGGGGAAUGCGGGGUUUGUAACCACAUUUAUUUAACUACGCCUUCUCCGGUCUGAGGUCCUGGAUGGUAGGCAUUAUACAGGAAGAGAGAGAGAGAGAGCCGUGUAGGAAAAAGAAACGGGACGCCCUCCUCCUCCUCCUCCUCCUCUUCUUCCUCCUCCUCUUUCUCUCUUGGCGGAUAACGGUCCAAGAAGUUAUUCAGGACCGCGGCAGACAAUAGCUCCGGUACCAGGACCGUCUGUCCUGCCUGCUUUGAUCCAGGUCCAUCACAACUUCUUCAUGCUGUCCGCGUCCGGGUUGGCUCUGACAAAAAGGAACACGCACCGCUGAAUUCACACAUCAUGGACGAUUUGGGAGACCCUGACCCACCUAACUACCCUCUCAGUCCUCGUAUUGUUGUGUUUGAUGCCCUCCUCGCUGACCUGGAGAACACCAGCUCUCCUCUUGCUCGAUGUCCUGUCCUCCUCACCUCUGACCCACCUUUAAACUCUGAUGCCGCCACCCAGGACCCGACCCAAGCCAGACCACCACCGCCUGCUUACACCCCACAGCAGACAGUGUCUGCUGCAAUGAAAUCGUCUCAGAACUCAAACCCAGAUAAAUUAUACAGCACAGUGUGUAAACCUCGGUCCCCCCGUUCAGCAGACCCCCCUCCGGCCUUCUCCUCCUCCUCACUUCUGGGAGGGGGUCUGAGUGAACUGGACCAUCUGCUGCAGGAACUCAAUGCCACCCAGUUCAACAUCACAGAUGAGAUCCUGGCCCAGUUCCCUUCUUCUAAGAAAGAUGACAGGGAUAAGAUCAAGGAUAAGGCUGCAACCUCAUCUUCCAGCUCAGCAAAGCCUUCAGCUACGUCGGCCACACUUGAACUGGACAAACUGAUGGCCUCUCUGUCUGACUUCAGAGUCCAGAGCACACCAGCUGCCCCUGUCAGCCCGGUGGUCACACCCCCUCCACAGCAGCCCACUGCCCCGCCUCAGCAGACAUCAGGCGGAUCAUUGGACAGCAUGCUGGGACUCCUGCAGUCUGACCUGAGCCGACAGGGAGUUCAGACAUCCUCGAAAGGAAACUGUUCAGCUUGUCAGAAACCAGUGGUGGGACAGGUGGUGACAGCUCUGGGGAAAGUGUGGCACCCAGAGCAUUUUGUCUGCACCGAGUGUGAGACGGAGUUGGGCAGCCGCAACUUUUUUGAGAAGGAUGGUCGACCAUACUGCGAGUCCGACUAUUUCACUCUCUUCUCCCCACACUGUGCACACUGCAACAAGCCCAUCCUAAAUAAAAUGGUCACUGCCCUGGAUAAGAACUGGCACCCAGAGUGUUUCUGCUGUGUUAAGUGCAGUCGAGCUUUUGGAGAGGAAGGUUUCCAUGAUCGUGAGGGUCAGCAGUAUUGCCAGCAGUGCUUUUUGACUCUGUUUGCAUCCCGCUGUCAAGGCUGCAGUCAACCCAUCCUGGAAAACUACAUCUCAGCUCUUAACUCUCUUUGGCACCCGCAGUGCUUCGUAUGUAGGGAGUGCUACAGCCCCUUUGUCAAUGGCAGCUUCUUUGAACAUGAGGGUAAGCCCCUCUGUGAAGCCCACUACCACCAGUCCCGCGGCAGCAUGUGUCAAGCCUGCCAGCAGCCGAUCCUGGGCCGAUGCGUCACCGCCAUGGGGGCCAAGUUUCACCCCCACCACCUGGUGUGUCACUUCUGUCUGAAGCCCCUGAGCAAAGGCUGCUUCAAGGAGCAAGAGAACAAACCCUACUGUCACCCCUGCUUCAUCAAACUGUUUGGAUGAGGACUUCCCCCUUCCCUCGGUCACCAAGUGAAGAAGCUGUAUGACUCUGGGUUCUUGUUUUUUUACUGUGGGAAUGAGGGUGGAGCUGGUCUCUUAAAGUUGAUACAGGGACGGCGAGAAACAUCGUCCAACCCAUAGAUAGUAAAUAAAUGGACUGCAUUUAGACUGAGAAUAUGACUGUAGCAUUGAUUAGACAGCCUAAAACUGAUGCCAAAUGAUUCUGUCAUGUAUGUAAAUGUUUUAUAUACUGUAUUGAUUCAAAUUGAAUAUUAAAAAUUGAUUUUUUUUUUGCCAAAGGUAGAAAAGAAACAGUAUAUUGAAAGCAAAAUGAUUGUUUCAGUGAAGUUUUUCACUGUUGUGCAAGGAAAUCCCCUUUAAUAUAUUUGCUUUAUUUUGCAAAAAGUACAGUGUCACUGCAUAUGCAUUUAUAUUCAUAUUGUAUCCCAACUGCUAUAUAUGUUUUAUGUAAUAGACCAAGCUAUCAUAUGUAUAUUGUCAGAUAUUUUACACUAUUCUUUUACUAUUGCUCUAUGCAAUCAUGCCAAAAACAAUUCCAAAGAAUAAAAUAAAGAUCAUCACAACUUG